AUGCUUGAUAUUUUACAGGCACAGGAUAUUACGCAGCGGUGCUGCUGUCCAACUUUCCUUGUCGUCCAGGCUGGACCAUGGCUUCCUAUUCUGGGCGGUGUCCUUACAUCCCAAUGCAUUGUCCAGCGGCUGACGGACUUCCUUUGGCUCCCUUUUCAUUCAUCCCUCGAUGAAUACCAGUGCACUCGGAUUGCGCGUGUUCUCUACGCUCUUAGAGAGUCACUUUCACAACUGGAUGAUUGGUACAAAACCAUUGAUCGGCUUUCUCCAAUGGAGACUGGAGUGCCACAUCCUAGGUUCUUCCCUUCUCCAGGACUCUUCAGGCAAGAUGGAAAUCUUGUCAAGUUUACCUAUGAAAAACCUUUUGAUCAUGACCCAUCUUGCCAAACGUACCUUGCUACCAUCAACAACUCAACCAAAGUUGUAGUCAAAUUUGUCACUGGUUAUGGUGCUGAUGUGCAUCGUGCGAUGGAGAUAGAGAGAUUCGCACCGAAAUUGUUGUAUUGUGGACCAGUCAACGUCGUUCCUACAAUGCCAUGUUACGGCAAGCUCAAAAUGGUCGUUAUGGACUAUGUAGCUGGCAACACGCUCGCCAAUGCGUUGGAGUCAGGGCGUGUGGCCUCGAUAGAAGGACUUGGCGCACUCCGAAACAUCAUCAAGUCGCUUCAUGCGAAAAACUUUGUCUACAGAGAUCUUCGGCCGCCGAACAUAAUGAUUAUGACGGAGGGGAAGGUACAGCUCAUCGAUUUUGACUGGGCCGGAAAGAACGGCGAAGCCCGAUACCCAGUAUCGAUCUCGACUUGUAUUGAGUGGCCCCAUGGGGUUUCUGGAGGGGGGUACAUUCAACCAGAGCAUGAUCGUGCGAUGCUGGACUUGUUGCUUUAA